AUGCUCGCCUCAGCUGCAAGUAGGUCCUUCUCGAGGAGGGCAAUGAUUGCGGCGGCUGCUGCUGCCGUAGAUGCGGCGGCGGCCGCUGCUGUAGAUAAUGCGGCAGCUGCUGCUGCUGUAGAUGCAGCGGCGGCUGCUGCAGAAGGCGCGGCGGCUGCUGCUGCUGUAGAUGCAGCGGCGGCUGCUGCAGAAGAUGCGGCGGCUGCUGCUGCUGUGGAUGCAGCGGCGGCUGCUGCAGAAGAUGCGGCGGCUGCUGCUGCUGUGGAUGCAGCGGCGGCUGCUGCAGAAGAUGCGGCGGCUGCUGCUGCUGUAGCUGCAGCGGCGGCUGUUGCAGUAGAUGCGGCGGCUGCAGCUGCUGUAGAUGCAGCGGCGGCCGCGGCAGGGGAGGCGGCGACGGCUGCUGCAGCAGUUGCGACGGCCGCGACUGCAGUCUCUGCCGCGGCUGUUGCUGCAGGCCCGACCGCGGCGACGAAGGCGCGGGGGGGUCGAGCGCAGCACGGAGCAGCGCGACGGGCCGCGCUCGAAGAAAAAGAGCCGCGCGCACCGGCGGCUAGCUAG